AUGGAGAGAGACUACGACCAGGAAAAAAUUGAUAGGUGGAUUGCGCAGGGUGAGAUGAGAAGAGACCGCAUUAUGUCACGUCUCGACAGUGUCGUCCAGAGUGGUGCACUCAAUUUAGAAGACGAAAAAGCCCUUCGAGCUACUUUCGCAUCGGCUUCCAGCCGCGCUCCCUCAGGCGAUGGCGACGUCUUGACCGAGUUGGCCUUCAUCUCUCUUCUACAGUCUAAGGCUGGCCUUCCCCGAAAUCUCGAAGGCGCCGAAGCUGGGAAGAUUGUUUAUGAGAUGCUCGUUUACCUUAGCACUUUACCAUUUCCUGCGCAGCCGCAUCAUCUUCAACUAGGGGGUCUCACCUUGGCGCAGAUUACUCGAGCCUUAGCCUGGGCGCUGUCGGAUAGGACUAAGUAUAUAUUUGAUGAGAGUAACCACUCGCGGAUGCGAACGCGAUCGGACCAUAAACGCCUACUCUUUCAGAGCCUAGCCGACGGUACUGUUCCCACUACGAUGCUUGAUGAGGUGCGGCGGCGUGUGAACGAGCUCGCUCACCGCAACCUUUUCGAUGUUGACGAGUUCUAUCAUGAUCUUUGCGGGCUGAACAACGACGCUGAUGGCGACGAGAUUUAUCAUGACCUAUUAGAAGUAAUAUACUCGGCACAGGAGGAAGUACCUAUAGGGCUAGCGAACGUGCCGCGGGAUAAGUUCCGGGCCAUUGCAAAACAGAUCAAAGUAGACGAGAAUCUGCCAGAGUUGCAUACUCUUUCGAUCUCCGUACCACGGUUCGAGGCAUUUGUGAAGGUAAUGUUGGCGCUACAGUUCGAGCCUGUCACUUCUGAACAGGAUGCUGUUGAGCCAUCACAGUUCGAAGACGCGGCACGAUGCAUCUGUACCUCCUUUAUACAGGACCAAGAUGAAUCACAAGACUUAAACACGGGGUCAUCUGGAGUUAUAACCUGGCCCUCAUAUUAUCAAGCCUUAGAAACAUCUUCGCCGUACCUGCUCUACCCCUUCUACCGGCUUCUCACACUCGCUCUUCUAGAUAAGCCGGGCACUUUCGAUAUUCUCGAUUCAUCCGAACCUAUUCCUCGCAUCCCAGCUGAUGCGGUGCUCACUCGAUCGCGAGCGAGUCAGCUCAAUACAUUCCUCGCUCAUUCCGCUUACGGUCCAGAUUUACGUCGUAUGAAAUGCUACGUGCCAUCAAACUUGCCUACACCAGCAUUCCUUGCACAAGCCAUCCAAGACGUACCUGACGAGGCCAUUGUGCUGUUUGCCGGCCAGACCACAGGUACCGGGCCGACAAAGGGGGAACUCUGCGUCUUUGGACUGUUCAGUCCGAAGCCCAAAGAGGACCGCUCCCAUAUUCUAGCUCGUGCAGACUUCAGGCCUAACGCCGAGGGACAACAGCAGUGCACGUUAUUCCAGCUUGCGCCCAGACAAGACUUAUACCAGGGGGUCGCUGGGGCAGCGGGAUGGAGUACCGCCGUCGAUGCUGACGGUAGUGAGAGUGUCAUAUUUGGACGUGCUACUAGUAUUAACGAGAAAGAAGCGGAAAGGGGGGGAGUAGUCCUCAUACUUCGGGAUGGGUUGAGACGCGGGGAAGUUAGACACCGGGGUAGAGGCAUCGACGUGGAUAUAGAUUCUGGCGCAGACAGCCAAGCAGGAGAAGUGACUUACAGGGCAAACCUAAGUCGUGGUGAUUGGGUACUAGAUUUUGACAUCGAUCAAAUUGAGAUCUGGAGUGAGAUUGACGGUGCCGAGUCCAACUAG